GGUAAAGAUGGUGGAGCCUUUCUGUGCUACCUGGAAGCUGACAGAUAGUCAAAACUUUGACGAGUAUAUGAAGGCUUUAGGUGUGGGCUUUGCUACUAGGCAAGUGGGAAAUGUGACCAAACCCACAGUAAUUAUCAGUCAGGAAGGAGAGAAAGUGGUGGUCAGGACUCAAUGCACAUUCAAGAACACAGAGAUCAGUUUUCAUCUGGGAACAGAGUUUGAGGAAACCAGUAUAGAUGACAGAAACUGUAAGUCUGUUGUGAGUUUGGAUGGAGACAAACUCAUUCAUGUACAGAAAUGGGAUGGCAAGGAAACCAAGCUUGUACGGGAAAUUAAGGAUGGCAAAAUGAUUGCGACUCUCACUUUUGGUGACGUUGUUGCUGUUCGUUAUUAUGAGAAGGCCUAG